CGAUCUCUUUUUCAAAUUCCUCCCAAAUCUCUCAUACCUUUCCAACGUUACUAUCAUGUUUUUUCGUAACCUAGUGCUGACGGCCCUUUUUGCGAUGGGCGCGGAGCAGCAAGUCGCGGCUUGGUCCUCUCCGUUGUCGCGUCGUCAGGCUUUUCAAGCGGCAACUUCAGCGGCCGUCAUCGGCGUGUCGUCGACUAUAGCGGGACAUCCAGUACAAGCCUAUCCUUCAGAUGAAACGCCUCGUGUGGCGACUCGUAUGGGAGGCUUACUAGAAGCUUUCCAGGACGGCCCUCGAGGAUUUCGUAUCAUGAUACCUUCCGGUUGGAAUAAGUUUGAAGGUGAAGUCGGCGCUUACGACGUCAAAUGGCAGGACUUGGUGGAUCCCAGUGAGAACGUCAAGAUCAGCAGCACACCGGUCAAGUCCACGACAGAAUCAGUCGCCGCUCUGGGCGAUGACGUGCAAGCUCUGGGUCUCAAACUGGCGGAGAAACGCAACGCCAAGCUGAUUUCGGCGAGCGAGCGCUUGACUGAGGGGAUCCUAUUUUAUAAUUUUGAUUUUGCUAUUAAGGAUGGAACUCAUCAGCUGCUGCAGUUGUGUGUUGGCAAGGGGCGCCUCUGGAGUUUGGAUGCCAACUCGAAAGAAAAGCGUUGGGAUAAGCGAGAAGAAAUGUACAGCAACGUCCUGGCUAGUUUCAUUCCUCGGCUCAAUUAAAUGAUUUCUGUGGCUUUCUUUCAUCUCGAACGAAUGAGCGGUGCAAUAUAUUUUACUGGCUACAAAAAUAAGUCUAAAGCAAACAUGGACUUCCUG